UUAUUAUGGAUUUCACAAGGAAUCAUUUUCAGUGAGACGAAGGUUGAUGAAGAGUUGGAUAAACUCUAUUCGAAAGUAAAUUUAGAGGUGCGAGGACACGACAAAGCCGUUCUGAGGUCUUAUACAACUUUCUUGCAGACGGCAUGCCAUCACUUAUCAAUCCAAUGUACGCCCGUUGAAAUUCUUGGAUAUAUUCGUUGGAUUCAGCCAUUAUUACGUUCGAAAUUCGUUCAUAAGAAGUAUAAACUUCAUUACGAAACGAGAACGUACAUAAGACGUAUGAGCAUAAAGAACGUGACCGGAAGUACGAUGAGUACAUUUCUGGAAUAUAUCGAGAGGAAUAUACCAGAAGGGGUUGCGAUGAAAGUGAACAGUGAAGAAAUUGUUGAUCUACCUCCGAUGAUAAAGAAUAGCAUGCAGAAAUUAAUUGGCAAUUAG